CAUUGGUCAGGGGCAAACCCCACUGGCUCUGUGUCCUCAGUCACUCUGUGCCAUUUCAGCAAGUCGGAGCCAAAGGAGAGUUUGCAAAAUGAAAGCACUAGCAAGACUUGUUCUGGGACUUGUCAUCUUCGAUGCUGCUGUGCCUGCUCCAACUUUAGAGACCAUCAGCUAUGACUCAGAAUCUUAUGAUGCCACCUUGGAAGACCUGGAUAAUCUAUACAACUAUGAAAACAUACCUAUUGGUCAAGCUGAGAUUGAAAUAGCAACAAUGAUGCCUUCAGGGAACAGAGAGCUCCUCACCCCACCCCCACAGCCAGAGGAGGUUGAAGAGGAGGCAGAGGAGUCCACCCCCAGGCUGAUUGAUGGCUCUUCCCCACAGGAGCCUGAAUUCCCCAGGGUUCUGGGUCCACAAACUAGUGAAGAUUUUCCAACCUGCCUUCUUUGUACUUGUAUAAGCACCACUGUUUACUGUGAUGACCAUGAACUUGAUGCUAUUCCUCCACUACCCAAGAACACUGCUUACUUCUAUUCCCGCUUUAACAGAAUUAAAAAGAUCAACAGAAAUGAUUUUGCAAGCCUAAAUGAGUUAAGGAGGAUUGACCUGACAUCAAAUUUAAUAUCUGAGAUUGAUGAAGAUGCAUUCAGAAAGCUGCCUCAACUCCAAGAGCUUGUCCUGCGUGACAACAAAAUAAGGCAACUCCCAGAGCUGCCAACCACUUUGACAUUCAUUGAUGUUAGCAACAACAGACUUGGAAGGAAAGGAAUAAAGCAAGAAGCAUUUAAAGAUAUGUAUGAUCUCCAUCAUCUUUACCUCACUGAUAACAACUUGGACCACAUCCCUCUGCCACUCCCAGAAAACCUACGGGCCCUUCAUCUCCAGAAUAACAACAUUCUAGAGAUGCAUGAAGAUACCUUCUGCAAUGUUAAAAAUUUGACUUAUAUUCGCAAAGCACUAGAAGAUAUCCGACUGGAUGGAAACCCUAUCAAUCUCAGCAAAACUCCACAAGCAUAUAUGUGCCUACCUCGUUUGCCUAUUGGGAGUCUUGUCUGAAACAGACAGUGAUCAUCAUUAUGAUGACAGCUAUAACAAAAGAGUUCUUACUGCUCUCUUCACAAACAAAACUCAGCAUGAUAAUACCUUCACACUUAUAUCAUUACAUAAAAUACAACUGUAAGUUUUAAGAUAUAAUGGCAGUUAAGUAAUCUCAGAAAACACCACGAGUCAGGAAUAAUCCAAAAGAUGUACAGAAAGUGCAAAAACAAGUGACAGAAAGUGUUUCAUAGAUAUUCCUAUAAAUCACAUGUAAUUUGCAAGAUUUAGGGAUUAAUAUCCUCUGUAAUUUCAAAUUAAGCAUAUAUAAAAAUAAAAAUUAAAGAUGAACACUUUAGGUUUAUUGCCAAGA